GGGAUCUCACUGGGUUGCAACCAAUCGCAUUUUACUCCCAUUUCAGCCGCUAUCGUCCCUGUGUCGGGGAAAUUGCUUCGGCAACUUUGUCACAAAGCACCCAGUGAGCUAGAAAUUGGUAGGGAUGCUGCUGAUUGCACAGUAAAGAGGGGAGGAAGCGAGCUCAACUGGGGUGGAGAGGCGUUUGAAAUUCAGCUCCAUCUGGGACCUGAGAACCACCGGUUGUUCCGUUCCCUGAACCUUCAGACAGAAAGGCCUCCUGCAAAGUUCAUGUUCCGACAAGAAACCAAUGUUGUAGUCUUUGCGCCGUCUUCUGUUUGCUCCGACCGAGACGUGAAGAGGAGCAUGUAUCGUUACAACGUGUGCAUGUUGCUGGACUGGGCGUACGGAGGGGUGGAUCCCAAAUUCGCUGGUAACGGGGGACCCGAAUGCGCGGCGUUUCUGCCAGUCCGCCAGCGAUGGGUGGAGACUGUCAUCUUUGUGGCGAUUUCCUUACUGGAGAUGGCCGUGUCGUACCGCAAGAUCAGGCAGCAGGAGCUGGGCAGAGUGUGCCAGGAGAAGCAGGACAGUCUGGGCAAAAACCUGCUCUUGGUCGCCCUGUGUCUCACCUUUGGCAUUGAAGUUGGCUUCAAAUUUGCCACCAAGACUUUAAUUUACCUGUUGAACCCCUGUCACGUUGUCACCAUGCUGCAGAUCUUUCUCCUUGCGUGUCCUCCCUGUAGAAUUGCCUUGAUCGUUUUCAGGCUGCAGAUGCACAUGUUGAAUGGAGCGUUAUUGGCAUUGCUAUUUCCUGUAGUUAAUACCAGGCUGCUCCCCUUCGAGAUGGAAGUCUACUACAUCCAACACAUCACAUUAUACAUUGUUCCAAUCUAUCUGUUGCAGAAAGGGGGUGUGUACAAACCCGAACCACUCGGUGAUUUUUGGUGGGCCCUCCUUGCUACAGGACUUCUUUUCUUCUAUCAUUUUACCUUUCUUCAGAUCCUUGGCUUGGUCACAGAAGUUAAUCUGAACAACAUGCUUUGUCCAGCAAUAUCGGACCCUUUUUAUAGCUCCUGGUAUCGGGUCUGGGCAUCGGGACAUCAAACGUUGAUGACGGUGACGCAUGGGAAGUUGGUUACUCUUCUCUUCUAUGCUGCUGCUCCUGCUUGCAAGUACUUGGUAGAUAUGGUCAAGUUGCCAAUGAAGAAAAUAAUUUGAAAUGUUGCAGCAGAUCUUACAUGGCAAAGUAUAAUAUUUAGAUUUUUUUUCAACUGGUGGCAGAAGAUUUAGAAAGGUAGAUUUAAAACAAAGGCUGCAAACAGUGGCAAAAUAGUGGCCUUAAGGGAUCUUUAUCUGAAAUGAUUUUGUACUUUUUCAAAUACAAUGAAACUGAAUGUUCUUUACAACUUCAGAUUUAAAUGAGCAAGUUCAAAAAAGAUAAUUAUCACGAUAGAAAGUGAACAGUCGUGAGAGGAAGAGGAAAAGGUUGGCACAGAUUAUUUGCUCUGUUUUGCCUUCCCACGUAUUGUCUCUGACAAAAGUGCUGUUAUCUAAUAUGUUUCCACUGAAGUAGCUUUUGAGUAACUAUAAUUGAGCAAUCCAUCCAAAUAAUUGGAAAUAUUAAGUUAUGGAGUUCAAGGAAACUAAUGGAAAUUAUUCUGUUAUUUUUUUUCUCUCAACACGAGGAAGCUAGUUUAUUUAUGCGUUAUAUGAAAAUGUCACAACAAUGUCACAACAUUACUUACAACACUCUUACAGAAUUGUUCUAUGUUGAAUCAACCUGUAUGAACGCCUAUCUCAUCUUUUUGAGGUUUUCAUUGUUUUUAAAGGAGUGGAUGUGUUGACCAUACAGUAGAUAGGAAGCUAGGCCAAUAAGUUGAUCCCAGGCUUCAACCGACAGUGCUUUAUUACUGCUUGGUAAUAGCUGUUACUCUGUGUGGUUCACAGUCUGUUUCCACUUGGUAUUUUCUAUAGGUGACAGAGCUUUAACCAAAAAUGAACGCUCAUAAACUUGCAUUAUAACGAUAUACUGCCCAUGUAAAGCAACUAUUUACUGUUUAUUUUUGCUCCAUUCUUAAAUCCCUUAAGUUACAUCUGUACAAUUCUAAAGACUUUUAGAACCAACAAAGAUAUUUUUGCCUUUUGCCCAAUUAAUCCGAUUUCCCAGACUAUGUUAAUUUUAGGUGUAUGCUGGGUUUAGAUAUAGUUCCAGCUGAUGUACGCCUGUAGGUGUUGCAAUGAUACUUGUGCAUAUGUAUCUGUGUUGUGGACUUUGUCAGAGAUAAAAACUUUGUAAUUAUGUUCCCUAUUGUGCAACGUGAGUCAAGUAUUAAGAUCUAGCCUUAAAGAAAUAAUUCUAAUGGUUACUUGUACUUUGUGUUUGUGAUAAAAAGAAAUAGUGUUUAUGUGGCAUGUAACUAGUUGACCAAAAGCACUUUUUGUUAUAUAAGUAAAGAUUGGCUGUGUGGUAUAAGGCAAUCCUAUUAAAACAUCAUGAAUAACAUGAGGUUAAAAAAUCUAAAGCUAUUUCCUACCAUAUUAAACAUUCCAAAAAUGUUUCCCCUAUUAGCAAGUCAAAAAAGUUCUUAUACGAAACCAGAAUAUAUUUUACUGUGAUAAUGUACAGAGAAAUAUUCAGCUUGACUCUGGGGAGGUUUGUUUUUUUUUCCCCAGUUUUGGUAUUUUGUAUUUCUUUUAAUACAUACAAGCAGAACACUGUGAAACAGUAUUUGGUUGGCUUGUGUCAACCCUGUUCCUUGUCCCAUAUCUUACAAUCACUUAUUUUUGGUUCUGCAGCCUCCGUCUAACCGGUUGCUUAUUAUCUGUAAUUUUCCAUUUCAAAGCUUUCAAGUAGUUUUAAAGAUCUGUAGUUUUGUCCUUGUGAAAAUCCUACAUUCAAGUUCAGCAUUGGAAAUAGUUUGAAGAUAAGUUAAGCUCCCUUCCUUUCCAAAGCCACAUAUCAUGAUUCCUAAUGAGUGCAAUUUAGAAUUGUCAUUGAGGGAAAAGUAAAUAUGGACAUCUGUCAAUAUUCAAAGAAUGAAUGCAUUUGGAAGUGUACAAAUUUUUAUUAAUUAGUGUAGAUUAUUCAUUUGUAAGCUUAUCUUUUGCAAGUAGAAAUUGGAUUUAAAUGUGAAGCAAAGUUUGUUUCAUUUUCUUCUCUUCCAUCUAUUCUAACCUGGACAUUCCAAUUUAUCAACACUUGUUAGUUGUCAUUUCUCAGGUAAAGCAGUGGAAAGCAAAUUGGAAUGUGGAGUCAUGUAUUUCCUCUUCACUCCAAAAUGGGAGAACCAAGCACAUCAGUCAGACUAUUGAUAAAGCAAUUCACCUGAAACCUACCAUAUUCUAGUACUGUAGUGAAAAAGUUUAAUACUGCAAUAUUGGUAGCUAUCUAUCAAUAUGUUGCAUAAAAUAAUUACAUUUUCUCCUAGUGGAUGAUUGUAUUGUGGUUUCUACUGGAGUUCUACAAACCUAACAAUCCCAAAUCUGAUGCCUGAUCUGUGCUAUUAGCUGAUUCAACCAGAUAUCAUGAAACAGAAGGGGAAAAAAAAACAUUUGCCAUCCAUCACUAUUCAUUGAUCUCACUGGAGAGUGUAGAUGCAUGAUGUCAAAUAAGAUGAUGAUUGGAUUAACAGUGAUAUCCUCUAUGGCUAAAAGUCACUUGCUGUUUCUCACUGGACUGAUGUUUCCUAAAAGCAAAGAUGAAAGUAAGAAGACCACCCAGUCUAUUGGCUAGAGAAUAGUGCUUGUAUGAGUCAAAUUUAAGGGCAUGAAAGUAUUUUAAACCAUGGGAUUACUGUAAAUUUGAUAGUCAUAUCAAUAAAUUAUGGGAUGUGGGCACUAAACUAACACUCCAGACCCAACUCCUUAGAUGUUAUUCAGUUUACCAUUACAAACCUAGUUUUAGUUGAGCAUUGAUAAUACUUAAAGCUACAAGUUGCACAAUAAGAUUCAAUUAGAACUUGACCAACCAUAUACAACACCAUAAAAGGGUUAUUAAAUAGGUUGAUUGAAAAGUCAACACUUCUCCUGGGGUUGUGAGGUGGGGACAUAGUUUAGUAGCAAGUAAAAUAUGUAUAAAUUAUUUAUAAAUAGGCUUUUAAAAUGUAUUGUAAAAUGGAUUAUUUUGCAUUGCAUUUAAAUUUAGCAUCUGAAGACAUUCCAGAGACAGUAAGAUCUCCCAUUACACAGCUGAAACUAUUGAUAAACAGGCCUUAUUACUGGUAGCAAAAAUGUGAUGAACAGCAGAGAGGAAACAGGGAAGCAGUGUAGGGAAGCUGUACAAACUAGCUUUGACACCAAAUUUUCCAAAGCUUUUGCGAGUUUUUGUAGAAUUUGUUAAACCUUUCACAAUCCUCUGGCUGCCUGAAAAUACAUCUGCAAACCAUUCUGCAGUAUUGAUAGUUCAACUCAGGGAGCUGAAUCAUUGCCUGAAGUCACCUGACUACAUUGAAAGUAAGCUAAGUGCAAUGAUGCUUUUACUCUAUUGAUAUUUAUUCUCUCAUCACUUCAUUUUGCUGCUUCUAUCUGUAUGAUUCUAAAGGUGCCAGAAAAGAAUGUACUUGUAUUGUUAUACAUUUCAACAUUUCAGUAUUUCCAAUGUAAAUAUGGUCAGUUCUUGAGAGAGAGAGAGAGAGAGAGACUGCUGAUCUUUCAUUCAUGGCUAACUUUUGUAACUUUUCUCAAAUGUUUGGAUGUCUCAGCUGUGUUUUGUAUACUCCAGAUAUACCUCAAAAAAUGGGAAAAAUGAUAUUCAAGUUAAGUUUUGACAAGAGCAAAACAACCAAAUUCUUUGCAAUUUUGGCAACGCUAUCUAAUGAAGUGUGCCACGUGUAGGUUUUCUAAAUUUCUUUCAAGCUGCUUUUCUAAAGUUACAAACAGUUCUGCUUGUAUAAUAAAAUUGAAGUUACCAACUGAAA